AUGUCGUAUAUACAAUUGUUUAAUUUCUUAAUUAUAUUUGGAUUAAUAAGUUAUUCAUAUGAAUUUAAUAUACGAAUUGAUCAUCUAGAACGUUAUAUCCGAAAUGCUCCAUUUAAAAAUGAUACACAAAGUCUAUUAAAUCAAAUUUUUAAUGAUGAACAACAAUUAGAAAAUACAAUUCGAGAAUCUAUUCGAAAAAAUGAUGAUAUCAUUAAAGUUCUAACUCGAAAUAUAAUGUUAGCUGCUGAUCGAAUGGCAGAAGCUGGUUCGAAAGAUACGAAAAAUAUUGCAGAAUGGACUUAUAUUCAAGGUGAACUUCGCCAAGGUAUUAAUUUAAUAAUUGAAGCCUAUCGAAAAUAUAUUGAUUUACAUCGACAAGUAUGCGAAACAAUUGAACUUUUUGCAAAAAAUAUGAUUAAGAAAUAUGAAGCGGAACUUUCUGAUAUUGAUCAAAUGUCAGUACCAGAUUCUUCAAAUGGUAGUAUUGAUACAAGUAGUCAGGAAUGGAAUAAAUUCGUAGCGAAAUUUUUACAUAUGCUUAAUUAUGCAAGAGUUCAUCAAGAAACUCUUCGAACUGCUACUGAUUGUACUGCAGAUUUAAUGGCACGUACAUUAUCUCAUCAAUCAGUUAUUAUGAAUCAACCAGUAGGAGCUUCUCGUACGAUUAAAGUUCAAAUAAUUCAUCCGAAUAAUCUUCAAUAUCCUGUUCAAACUUUUUCUCUUCCUUGUAAUGAUAUUAGUGAAGAUAAUGGUUAUCAAAUAUGUUCAAAUGCUAUUGCUGAUGCUACGCAAACAUAUGCUAGUUCAAUUCUUGAAUGA